AUGACAGCUCUUAAGGGGCCUCCCUUAAAUAAAAAACAUACAAAUGAUUCAAUAACACCAUCAUUUCCAUCAGCGACACGACCUGUUCAAACAAAAUUUGUUAGUGAAAAUACAUUAGCUUCAUUUAAAGGUGCAUUUCAACUUGGUUUUGAUUUUGUUGAAUUUGAUAUACAAUUAUCAAAAGAUAAAAUUCCUAUUGUUUAUCAUGAUUUUCAAGUUGCUAUUACACUUAAACGUAAAAGACAACAAACCGAAUUAUUUAUUGUACCAGUUAAAGAUUUAACAUUACCACAAUUAUAA